AUGCCUCUUCGCAAGCACACUCCGAAGCGCCGGGCUCCCUACCUCGACCUCAAGCCCAUGGUCUCCGAAGCUGACCUCAACGCCACCAACAGGCCUCCCCAAACCAUCAAGCACCCAGCCUCAAAGGGCUCGUUUAGGCUCCACCGUCCGUCUCGUUACCUCCCCAGCUGGAGCUCCUCGCUUGAAGCAAUGGAUCUAUCCAGGCCCAAAAUGCCCGUCACAAUCACCUUCUCCGUGCCGGGCACCCGCCCACCUGUCUUCGUCGCCUCAUCGCUUACGAGUCCACCAUGGGCUCCGAUCGAGAUGGACAUAAAAGAUGAACGCACCACGGCUGGGGAUCUUGUUUUUGAGAAGACUUUCGAUGCUAUCGAGCCGGGUGAAUACCAGUACAAGUUCAGGCUCGGGCCUGGCGAUUGGUGGGUUUGUGACGAGAGUGCGCCGAUAGUAUGUGAUGAUUCGGGCAAUCGCAACAACCUUCUCCGCAUCACCGAGCCACGGUCGCCUGCUCUAGAUAGGAGUGAGCCUUCUCCAACGCGCAGCACAUCCUCUGCUCCUGAAGUCGCUACCGAAAACGCGACUUCACGCGAUCAGGCGGAGGACGGUGAAGCUGGUAAGUCACGUCCUGACCCUGCACCAGCCCCUCUUCCUUUUACUGUUGUCGACAAGGCCCCCGAUGCAGAGCAGCCUGUUUAUGGUGGCAAGAGGUCUUCCAGUCUUGGAGAGGAUGCGUCGAAACGCACAGCAGAUGCAGAGCCAGAUGGCGAGUUUGAACCACUUGAAACUAAUUCGAGCCUUGCAAAAUCAGAAACGCAAGAUGCCCUCUCAGUUCCCGCGGUCGUUGUCGAGAAGGUAGAUGAUGCGCCUGCGCAUGGAGAUGAUCUCGGAGCCGGUGCAACCCGAGGACAGCAUGAUGCUCACGCAAAGCGGGCCGCGGAUGCAGAGCCUGACGAAGUAGUUGUCACGGGCGAUGUCGACGAGCCAAAGGAGCUUUCCAGGCUCAGACUGGUUCCCGAGUCAGAGGGUCCUGGGGAGACCCAAGCGGUGGAAGAUCAACCUUCUCCGUUGCUGCCACACGAAGAACUGGAGCCACUCUCAGAUGAGGCCCCUCUACUUCCGCACGAGCGAUCUACGUCUGUGUCCAAUGCAGGAAGCGAAGACGACCAAGAUGCGGUUGCAUCAGCAGAUUUUGCCCCUGUGGAAUUCGACGGCGACGUCCCGCUGUUCCGCCACGAGUCGAUAUCUGUAGCUGACAGCCCCCCGAGGAGCCCUUCGCAGACGCGGCCGAAGUCCCACACAUCGCUUCAAGAUAUGAUGGACGAGGAGGAUAUCAAUGAUCCUUCGAUCGAGCCUUUCCCGACCCGCCGCGAGACAAUUUACGAGCAUCUUCAAACGCUGGCGGCGCACCACCGUAUGGAGGUAGAUAUCACUCUUCCAGAAGAUGCUGAGACUUCGCCGCACCGGAAGACGUCACGGUCGUCGUCAUCAGAACUCCUGCCACCUGCUUCACCGCUGGAUUCCAUUAAAGAGGCCGAGGAAAUCGAGGAAGAAGACGCCGACAAGCUGCCAUCACCGAUGGCUCCGGAAUCGGUAGUCGAACGGCCGAUCCCUGCUGUUCCCACACCUCCGUUGACGCCGAAGGACGAUGACAAUACCAAGAGACAUGAUCGCGCCGACUCCCUCGUCACAGUCACUGGCGAGGAAAGCUCCAGAGACGGCAAGAGCCAAGCUAACGACACGAACGGCACCGAGGAGCUGGCAGCCCAGACGAACGCGGAACCUGCCGUAGCCAGCGCCGAAGUUGAGCGCCCUUCCACUUCUCAUUCAGCCAAGGUCACGCCAAACCAGAAACAUUCUUCAUUCCUAAUCAAAUUCUGGAACAACUUGUUCGGUAGCUGGCUAGGACCGGUCGUCAGAUGGUUCUCGCGUGUGUGUGGAGGACAAGGACGUGCUACGGUCCUUGUUCUCGCCAUUGGCACCGCGAUAAUUGCUUAUUCCUUCCAGUCGACCCUUCUGGGAACUGAGGUGUCAAGUGUUGCAGAUCAGUAG